CGCAACGAUGGACGCGUCUCAAAUGUAAACAGUCCGUUCAGUUGGAGGGCAGCUCAGAGAUAUGAAGCUUUUAUCGAGGGCGGUGCGGUCUGCGGUGGGUCAGAGGGAGUGGAGCCGCAGACACUUCUGGAGCUGGCUCAAUGCGGUCUUCAACAAGGUGGACUAUGAAAGGAUCAAAGCUGUCGGUCCAGACCGAGCUGCAGCAGAGUGGCUGCUGAGAUGUGGUGCCAAAGUGAGGUUUCAAGGUUUCGAGCGCUGGCAUCACGACUACAACGGACUGCCAACUGGGCCUCUGGGCAGAUACAAGAUCCAGGCGAUUGACGCCACUGAAUCCUGCAUCAUGUACAGAGGGUUUGACCACCUGGAUGGUUUGAAAUAUUUGGAGGAGAUCAAGUUCAACAAGUGUAUCUACAUUGAGGACACCUGUCUGGAGAGGCUGAGCUCCAUCGAGAAUCUGCAGGACAGUUUGUACAUGAUGGAGGUGGUGUCGUGUGGAAAUGUGACGGAUAAAGGCAUCAUUGCCCUGCACCAACUCCGGAAUCUGGAGUAUCUGUUUCUUAGUGACCUUCCUGGGAUCAGCGACAAAGACACGACAGUUGACAGACUGCAAACAGCACUUCCACGUCUGGAAAUAGCUCUGGAUCUGGACUGAGAUAACUUUCUGGUUAAGAUUGAAAAUGCGUCCAUAUUUUACAAAGGUUUUCAAAGUAAAAAACACAAUUUUUGAAGAAACAGACUGGAGCAUGACAGGCUUUGAUCGUCCAGCAGGCAGAUCCUUCAGUUAAAACGUUCAGUGUAUUUAUAUGUGAAUCACCAAGUCUUUGUUAAAUGAGGAGAACAACAGCGAGGUCUGACUUAGUGGGAAAAUAUACAGGUUGAUGUUUCAGCUGUCAGGACUGUUAAAGCACUUUACACUGUUGACACCAGUUUGUCUUGAUGGGACGAUAUAUUCCUUUAAUUUAUUAUAUUGUCAACAUCCAAGGUAUUAAAUGUUACUCCAUUUGAGGGUACACAGAGCAAACAAUUUGUGAAACAGAGCUGCAACGAUUAGUCGAUUCAUUGCAAUCGAAAGAAAAUUGCCAAAUAUUUUCAUAAUGGAUUAAUUGUUUCAGUCAUUUUUCAAGCAAAGAUUCAAACAUUUGCUGGUUCCAGCUUGUUAAAUGUACAGAUUCAUGAUAGUGGAUGAAGAGUCUUUGGGUUUCGGACUGUUGGGAAAUUGUGAUGAGCAUUUUUCACAAUUUUUGACUAAAUGAUUAAUCAUGUAAAUAAUUGGCAGAUCAAUUGAUGAUGAUCAUAAUCGUGCAGCUCUAUUGUGAAAUGCUGAGGAAUCUUUUACAUCAUUUCCCUUUAGAUUAAUUUGGCAUUUGUACAAUAUCUGAGGACAGACAGAUGGCUGUGAACAUCCUUAGCACCAAAGUUCCAGAGAUCAUGAGUACGAUGUGGUGUUGUUACUGCUAUGUGCUAGUCAAUGUGGGAAUGUGUAUAACUGUAUUCACUCCUGACGUCAAUAAAUAUUUCAGAAAUGC